UAAAUAUCUUUUCCUCCUCAGUGACAGCUGAGUGCUCCAAGCAGCAGGAGAAGGUGUUCCAGAGGACCAUCUCUGUGGUCGACACUCCCGGCCUCUUCGAUACCUCUCUGUCUGAAGACGCCGUAAAGAGGGAGAUCUCCAAAUGCAUCAACAUGUCGGCCCCAGGGCCCCACGCCAUCCUGCUGGUCAUCAGGGUGGGGUACUUCUCUGCAGAGGAACGAGACGCUGUGAAGAAGGUGGAGGAGAUCUUUGGAGAGGGUGCCUGGAGGUACACCAUGAUCCUCUUCACCCAUGGAGACCAAAUUAAGACAGACUUUGAUCAGAUGUUGAAGACAGCAGGAGCUGAGCUGCAGGAGGUCCUGAAGAAGGCUGGAAAUAGAUACCACGUCUUCAACAACCGCAGAACUGAUGAUCGUGGCCAGGUCCUGGAUCUGCUGGAGAAGGUGGACAAGAUGGUGACCGACAACGGAGGAGAGUUUUACUCCAACUACACCUAUGUGGAGGUGGAGGAGAUGCUGAAGCACAGAGAGUCGGAGCUCCAACACUUCUACGAGAAGAAGCUGGAGGAGGAAAUCAAAGCAGUGGAAUUAAAAUACAAGAAGAAGCUGAUGGAGUCUCAGGAGGAGAAACGGCAGGUGGAGAAACUACUGCAGUCUGAGCUGGAGGAGGUGAGGAGGUACUAUCAGGCUUUAGAGAACGGAGUCCGUGAGGUCGUGGAGCAGGUAGCCAAAGAUGACUGUUUUCAUGAAAUUGUCACCAAGUUCCACGAGACCCUGAAGCUGAACUGAGCUGUCCUCCAAACUCCAGACUCUCAUUAUUAAACUGUUCAUAUCAGUUUCAGUCAGAUCUGAGCUCCAUCCAUGAUUCUGUUAAACUAAUCAUUAGUUUAACACAUGAGGUAAAUCACUAGAAUAUACAUUGAUCAGGCCUAAUAUUAUGAUCGCCUGCCUAAAUUGUGUUGGUCCCCCUGACCCAUCAAGGCAUGGACUCUACUACACCCCUUGAAAGGUAUGCUGUGGUAUCUGCACCAACAUAUCAGCAGCAGAUCCUUUACGUCUGUAAGCUAUGAGAUUGGGCCUCCAUGGGUUGGACAUGUUUGUCCAGCACAUCCCACAGAUGCUCAAUUGGACUGAGAUCUGGAAAAUUGGAGACCAAGUCAACACAUCAAACUCACUGUUGUGGUCCUCAAACCCUGAAUCCUGAACCAUUAUUCCUUUGUGGCAGGGUGAAUUAUCCUGCUGAAAGAGGCCACAGCCAUCAGGGAGCUCUGAUUUUCGGAGAUGCUCUGACCUAAACUGUCAAACUUGCUGACAUCCUCACGCUCGCCUUGCUCCCAACAUAGAGUCUAAGGAGAAAAUAUUCCUUUGUUCCUUGAUAUCCCAGCCAGUUACAGGAGCCAUAAUGAAAAGAUAAUCAGAGUUAUUCACUUCACCUGUUAGUGCUUAGAAUGUUUGGCCUGAUUGGUGUAAAAGCAUCGCCACUGUGAUGUCACCUACAUUUCACAGACAUGAUGAAUCUCUGAAUCUCACUUAGAAACUGAAGGACCACAGCUUGUAAUAUCACGUAGUAAACUAUAGUUCAAAAAUCAGGUCCCUGUACUAUGAAGUACCCAGAGUAUCUUUGUGUUGUCUGGAUCCUUUGGCAAUCAGGAGAAGCGGUCACAUAAAACUGGUUAUCAACUCCCUAAGUUAACCCGGGGUUUCAUGAUUUAGGUACAAGCCUGUUUAAUUGAAAGGGGCAUGCUGGCAACAUCUGACACAGCAUCAGUUUAUAUAAAAAUGUAAUCCAGUAAGAAGUGGUUUAUACCAUUUGCAAUUAGCCUUUUUUUUCCAAAUUAGAUUUAUUUCUUUAAGUCCAAAAAAGCUUCUGUGCAACCCGAUAAACCCUAUAAUUAAAACUGUUUCUUUGUGAGUGCUUUGUACCAAAAGUUCCACAGUAUCUGUCAAAACCUGUUUUUCUUAAUUACAUCAAUUCUUUUUUAUGCAUGUCUUUUCAGAGGAGUGAGAAAUAACAGCCUGCAAUAGACGUGUUGUUCCCCUGUAGGGAUACCAUGUUUGUGUUUGAUGUUUAGUAAUGCCGUGGCAUAAAAACGUGGUUUUUUUUUCGUAAAUCAAACUGACAGGCAUUGUAUUAAACUUCAAACUAAUUGCCUUCAGAUGACCCCAAAGAUAAAAGUCUAAGGGGGU